GGACGGUUCAAUUCACAACAUUUUUUGUUUCCAGUCGACAAGUUGAUGUUUGAGUGCGGCGUUUUUGAAAGACUGCAAGCUGAAGCUUUUAACUGACGAAAUCGCACAGGUUCCUUAAUUAAAUAUGGACGAACUAAGGCAUCAGGUUAUGAUAAAUCAGUUUGUUCUUACAGCCGGAUGUGCGGCAGAUCAAGCAAAGCAGCUUCUACAAGCUUCACACUGGCAGUUUGAGACUGCUCUCAGUACAUUUUUCCAAGAGGCUAAUAUUCCCUACAGCCAUCAAAUGAUGUGCACUCCAGCCAACACACCAGCGACACCCCCCAACUUCCCAGAUGCCCUAGCCAUGUUCUCUCGUCUUAAAGCCUCCGAGAGCUUCGGCAACAGCAGUCCCAUCGCUUCUAUGGCUACGUCACCAGCUCCUCACACCAACUGGGCCAUGAGCCCUCCGGCAACCCCUGGUCACCAGGGGCGAUGGACUCCAGGUGAGCUCAUGCCGCAAACGCUGUCACCAGGCUGGCCGGCAGCCGUGACUCAGCAAGCCUCCGCUGAGCAUGCUAGUAUCAUCAUGGAGGCUGAGAGAUAGAGACUGCUUUAACUAGCCAUCACACCUUACACGAAGAGAGAGGAUGGACCUUCCGCUUGAUGAUUUUGGCAGUUGUGGAUGUAAAACUGGAGAGCACUGGGUUGCAGUGAGCGGUGGUGGAACAGCGUGUGGCCUCUUCUCUGAGGUCACAGGAGAUCUGGGAUCUUUUAAAAUGCUUUUUUUUUAGCGAUUACCAAAAAGAUGGACAGAAUGAGUAAUUAUGUAGCAUAUUCACAGAUAACCUCAGACAAAUGAAUGUGUUACUGAAUAUUGUCUUCAGUUUCAGCAGUUCUCAAGUAAUGGUGAAUACUCUGUUGCACUGUGUACUAAAAACCUGCAGUGGAUCUAAGGUUAAAAGAAUAGAUACUCACCGUCAUGUCAUUCCAAACCUAUUGACUUUCAUUUUAUAGUCAAAACAGUUUAAAUAUU